AAAAAAUUAUGAUGACUAAUACGAUGAUAUUACAAAUCUUUGUCUAUAUAAGACAGAAUGACAAGCCUUUCAGAGCUUAAACCACUUUCCCAUUUAAGAUGUCAGAAAAUAGCUUGCCCCUCCAAAACAAAGUAGCAAUCGUUACAGGAGCUUCACGAGGAAUUGGAGCAGCAAUAGCUGAAACUCUGGCACGCCGUGGUGCUAAAGUAGCCAUUACCUUCACAUCUGACAGCAGUAUUGAUGCGACUGAACAGUUGGUGAAAAAAAUAAAGGGUUUUGGCACCUCAGCGGAUGCGAUCAAAAUUCAGGCAGAUUUGCGUGAUGUUUCAAGUGCUAAACAUAUUGUUAAUGCCACAGUUCAAGCUUUUGGUCCUACCAUCCAUAUCCUUGUUAACAAUGCAGGGUACGCAGGUCCAUUAAAACCUAUAGGAACAAUAACUAUGGAAGAUUAUAACAGUAUGUUUGAUGUAAAUGUUCGUGGUGUCUUUUUUAUGACAGAAGCGAUAGUGCCACACCUUCCCAAAAAAGAAAAAGAAAAUGGAGGAAGGAUCAUAAAUUUUGGAAGUGUUGCUGGAAGGUUGGGAUUUCUUCAGCAGCCUGUUUAUUGUGCAAGCAAAGCAGCAAUCGAAGGUUUUACUAGAUGUUGGGCCGCCGAAUUAGGCCCUCGAGGGCAUACCGUUAAUCAAGUUAAUCCAGGAGCUGUUGAUACCGAUAUGUUAAAGGGGGUACUUUCGGAUGAAGUAAUUCAGUUUGCAAAGAAAACGACUCCAUUUGAAAAUCGCAUUGGAUUACCUUCUGACAUUGCUGAAAUCGUCGCUUUUCUUGCUGAAGAUAGAAGUCGAUGGAUCACUGGGCAGGUAAUCUCAGCUUCUGGUGGAUGGGCCAUGUAUUAGAUGGUUUAGAGGAAAUUAAGUAGACCAUCACAUAAGCAGUAUUCAAUCUUUUGAACUAAUUGCCGUUCUUUCACGUGUUGGAAUCUUUUGAAAGAGUUUUUAAUAACGAUCGAUUCAAGCCCUUACUUUAGUAAAGGAUGUCGUAAAUGAAUAUAUUUUUGGACAUGGAGAGAUAUUCAUUUGCGAUUCUGACGUUGUCGUUGCAGACGUUUCAUACUUAUACUCAACUGGAUUAUCUAAUAUUCAUUAUAAAGAAGGAAUCAACUACACGAUAGAUCUUGUCAAGUGUAUAUAUUUUUCACUAUUCUCUUCGUACUUAAUUUAGUGCAAUGUUUAAGCUCUUUUCUGAAGUAAUCCUCUAAUCAAUUUAAUAGCUAAAAUAUUUUAAAAGUAGUUACUAAAUUCUGUUUCACAUUAAUAGAAAGUUCCGUUAUCGUUCC